AUGGAUGAUCUCCCACCUGAGAUCACCCGAUUGAUCCUUGAAAGCUUCUCAAUGAAGCACCUCCUGGUCAUCACUUCCGUCUCCCGAAGAUUCCAGGCAAUUGCCAUGGCCAUACUCGUGUGUCGCUUGCGCCGCUUUCUCCAGCGCGAAUACGAUAGUGUUUUCUUACGUGUCGGCUGGUAUACACCAAUGAAAGAAAGAAAGUUGGUCGUUACGUGGGCACAUCAAGGGACAGUGGCUCUCGGGAAUGAGAAGGAUCUACACAAACCAAUACCAUAUACCAAGGAAUCAGUACUCCACAAGGCGUCCGAACUGGCCCAGGUAGAUACCUGGUACUCAAUCUUCCAGCCAGUCGGUCCUCUGAGAGAUCCGUGGUCUCGACCAUUUGCAAGAUGCUGGUAUGAGGGGGAUGAAGAAGAUUGCUAUCAGACUCAUGUCAAUGGGUACUCUGAAGAUGAUGGCGAUUUAGGAGAAGAAGUCACAUUGGAAAGUUAUGAGGACUUUGUUCAGUUCCGACUUAGGCUGCACCUAGCCGGGCAGAGUGGAUUAUCAAAGCCCUUCAAGAUUGAGAACAGGAUAGUCCGGAUUUAUAAGGAUCAACUCAGCCAGUGGAGCAAAGAGCGCAGGGAGUAUGUCCCUGAGCUGGUCUGGCUUGACAAUAAGAAGACAAUUGGUCUUCAAAUGACAGUGACACGAAAACAGGGGCAGCACUUAUAUGAGGAGUGCACCGGAUCAGCUACCUAUUAUGUGAGCCCGUCGGAGAUUCAAGAACCUUUUGAUGAAUGA